UACCACCGGAACCAGUCCAUGUUGUUAGGUACGCCAUUUUGCGUGUUUUUCUUUACUUAGUCCUGAUUUUCCUACCGAUAUUAUGGCUGAUGUUGAAGUAGCAGAACAACCGCCACCACCAAGUAACACAUAUGUUAUUCGUCCAAAUUUUCAACAUAAAUUUCGACCAGUGACUGUAAAGGAAUGUAUACAUACUGUCUUGAAUGAACAUCUUGAUGGUAAAACAUAUGACCCAGAAGAAAUUAUGGAUUGGACAAAAGCAAUUUCAGAUGAUAUCAAAACUAAACUAAAAGAUAUGGGCUAUGACAGAUAUAAGUUUGUUGUGCAAGUUGCUAUUGGGGAACAAAGAGGAGAAGGUGUAAAGAUGGGUGCCAGGUGCUUCUGGGAUUCUGAUACUGACAACUAUGCACAAGAUAUAUUUAUGAAUGACUCAUUAUUCUGUGUAGCAGCAGCAUUUGGAGUGUUCUAUUACUGAAGUGGCUGUCAUCUGUCACCACUGACCAUUCCAUUAUCUUACAAUUCAUUGUGAUGAUACACCAUUCAACACAUCUCUACUUCAGCUUGUGUUACCUUCAUGAUAAUCUGAAAAUAAACUUUUUUGCAACAACAACUAUAUAAUAAGAUGAAUAAAUGAAUCACAGAAUAAAAGUGGUUUUAAGAAAAGUUACCUUUUGUUACCUUACCUUUUGAAACUUAAUUGCUUGUUAUACUAUCUGUAGAAAGGUUUCUGAUUUUCUUCAACAUGUCACUUUGACAGUGAUAUGAUAUUGGCUUGAAUAAGCAAUACAGUAUUUAUAUUAUUAAAAGCAGAACAUACUUUCAGGAUUCUGUAUAUUUUGUUAUUCCGUCCAUUCUAUAUGUUACUUCUUUGUUUGAAUGUAAUUGAUUUUUUGCUUAUAAUUUUAUAUUAAUAUUUAAUGUGAAGAAUAAAUGGGUAAAACUGAAGAA